UUUUGAUAGGAGUAGGUCAAACGUUUCUAUUUUGCCUUUAACGUAUCCCAGGUUAGUGCAGUAGGUUGAAACAUUUUUGCGAAUCUUCAUUUCGUGCAAUUUGGUUGUGGAGUUUUCAGCUUCGACCUUCGACUAUAAGACCUAUAAAUGGUUACAUUUUUUACAUCGCCCCAGUUAGUGCAGCAGGUUUAAAACAUUUUUUUUGUCUUCAUUUUUUGCUGGUUGCUUUACUUUUGUUUGCUUCCUGACUGGCCGACCUAAAAUAUGUUCCAUUUUGCCUUUCAUAUAACCCAAGUUAUCAGAAUAAUAAAUUAGUUCUUUGUUUUUCUCAAGGUGAUUGUGGAUUUCUGUCAUCGUCCCAAACAAUUGGCGCCAAAGCUACCCUUUAAUUUGCCAGAAAUGUGUGUUUGUAGAGUAAUGAUUAAAUGACACACUGAGUGUGUAACACAAACGGCCAAGAUAAGAUAAGGCCAGAAGUGGGACAUAAAGACUAGAAGCGCAUAUCCUGGCUUGGAUAAUUUGACGGUAAAUUGGACAAUAACAAUAGUAUUUAAUGUAGUGUCUUAAGUGCAUCCAAACAGGCCAACUCUGGGAUCGAUUGCUUUGGUCGAGUCGUCAUGUGACUUCCGCAUUGUCAGCGGCGCCUAGAAAGCAGUGGAGUUUUCUUCCAGCAGCGGUAAACAUGACGUCGCAUUGAGUCAUGAUGAAAGUGACCGGUAGAGACGCUCCACAACAACUGCCAUGCCCAUUUAAAACAGCAUCGGAAGCCUUUACUGCCUCCACCUUCCUGAACCACCACCGCCUGACUGUCCUCCAUUCCUUGGCUUUGCUUUGAGGGGUUUCGCCAGCGCCUAACAACAUAAAAUGGUGGACGUCACCAAAUGGCCCCUCUUCAGCCUGAUGUCUCCCCAAGAGCUGGCCUCCAUAUGGAAAGCGUGCGUGUUUGGAGCAUCUGCUAACGAGGCCAUCUUCAUCACCGGUGAUGAUGAGGUGUAUGUGUUUGGACUCAACUGCAGUAACUGCCUGGGAACUGGAGACAGCCAAAGCACCAUCGUACCAAAGAAGCUGGACUUUCUGAGCGGCAGGAAGGUGGUCAGCAUGAGCUAUGGCAGCGGGCCGCACGUCCUGCUGGCCACUGAGGACGGAGAGCUCUUCGCCUGGGGACACAACGGCUACAGCCAGCUGGGCAAUGGGACCACCAACCAAGGGGUGGCGCCGGUGCUCGUGUCAGCCAGCCUGCUCAAUAAGAAGGUCACAGAGGUGGCCUGUGGCUCCCACCACUCCAUGGCUCUCACCGACUCUGGAGAGGUGUACGCAUGGGGUUACAACAACUGCGGCCAAGUGGGUUCUGGUUCCACAGCCAACCAGCCCCACCCGCGCCGAGUUUCCAGCCUCCUUCAGAACAAGGUGGCCGUCAGCAUCGUCUGUGGACAGACCUCAUCCAUGGCAGUGGUGGACAAUGGAGAGGUGUUCGGUUGGGGCUAUAACGGCAACGGACAGCUUGGACUUGGAAAUAACGGGAACCAGCUCACGCCAUGUCGACUGAUUGGUCUGAUGGGUUUGUGUGUGCAACAGAUUGUGUGUGGUUACACGCAUUCACUGGCACUGACCGAUGAAGGCUUCCUCUAUGCCUGGGGGGCCAACACGUAUGGACAACUGGGCACCGGGAACAAGAGCAACCAGCUGAGUCCGGUUCAGAUCAUGACUGACAAAGAGAGGAUCGUGGAGGUGGCUGCCUGUCACUCCACGCACACGUCGGCCGCAAAGACCCAGAGCGGCCAGGUGUACAUGUGGGGCCAGUGCAGGGGCCAGUCCAUACUGCUGCCCCACCUCACUCAUUUCGCCUGCACUGAUGAUGUCUUUGCCUGCUUUGCCACACCCUCUGUGAUGUGGAGGCUUCUGACCAUGGAGUAUGAUGACUUCCUGACGGUGGCUCAGUCUCUGAAGAAAGAGUUUGACAACCCAGAGACAGCUGACCUCAAGUUCUGCGUUGAUGGCAAAUACAUCUACGUACACAAAGCAGUCCUCAAGAUCAGGUGUGAACACUUCCGCUCCAUGUUCCAGUCCCACUGGAACGAAGACACGAAGGAGGUGAUAGAGAUCGACCAGUUCUCCUUCCCAGUCUACCGCUCAUUCCUGGAGUUCCUCUACACAGACAAUGUGGAGCUGCCUCCAGAGGAUGCAAUCGGCCUGUUAGACCUGGCCACCUCCUACUGCGAGAACCGCCUGAAGCGUCUGUGCCAGCACAUCAUCAAGAGGGGCAUCACGGUGGAGAAUGCCUUCACCCUGCUGUCCGCCGCCGUUCGCUACGACGCCGAGGACCUGGAGGAGUUUUGCUUCAAAUUUUGCGUGAACCACCUGACCCAGGUGACCCAGACAGCAGCUUUCUGGCAGAUCGACGGCAACCUGCUCAAAGACUUCAUAUGUCGAGCAAGCCGCUGUGGCGCCUUCAAGAACUGAUCGUGGCCUGGAGCUAUACAUCAACAAUGGGUUCAGGGACACCCGCCCCCCAGCCCCCCAAUUCAAAAGACUUGAAUGUUGCAAUAUUUGCUGACCAAGUUAUUUAAGUUUUUGCACUUUUUUAAACUUAUUCUCAAAGUCUAAACGCACCACCUGGAGGCAAACAGCUUCAUUAUUAUUAGUAGCACUUACACUUCUAUAGCUGCUCUCAAGAUUGGACCUCAGGUUACCAGACACAUUCAGUCUGUUACAGGCGUGGAAAGAGACAUUUUACAUGUGGAUCACAUUUGCUUUGUGCAGCUAGACUACAAAGCUAUUUUAUUUUGUCUAAUGUUGGAACUGAACUUGUGAGUUUUUAGGGAGACUUUCCUCCAUUUAUUCAGGCUGACGUUGUAUAACUGGCAUUUACAGCUACACUACUGCUGUGACACUUUCAUUCCAAUGGAGACCAGUCUUUAAAUCCACAAACUUGUCUUUUUGAAAGGCAGAAAUAAGCAAGAGGUUAGAAUACCAGUUUCAUUUCAUAGCAUUAGCAAAACAGGGACAACCCAGUGAGUACUCUGAAGUGCCAGUUUGAAAUUUCUGACCUCUGUAUGAAAAUUUAAUAAAAAAUAAAA